ACCCCCUCACAUGGUCUAAAAUUAUAGAAGGAGAGGAGAGGAGAGGAGAGGAGAGGAGAGAAGAGGAGAGGAGAGAAGGGAAUUAGUAAGAUUCAAAUGAGAUCUCUCUCUCCCAAGAGAGAAUAGUUACUAUGGGUUUACUGAGAGAUCAAUAUCUUAUAGAUAUCAACAAAGAUCUAUCAUCCCCUCAAACCCCUUCUAACUUCAUUGAAUGGCUUAAGCCCCCAAUCUUCUCUUCUUACUCUUCUUCUUCAUCUUCAUCUUCUUCUAGUUUGAUUGAGCAAGCUGCCCAUGAAACAAUCCAAUGCUUGCCUCUCCUCAGCAGCUUCAAUGAGGCGAAGAAGCCUCCAUUGAAAGAGGAGGAUAAUUCUAUCUUUGGAGGAGAUGAUGAGAAGAAGCUGCUCACUGUGGACUUGAACAUCGGGUUGCCCAACUACUACGCUGCGCCACUCCAUCACCAACAAGUUCCUCGUAAAGCUGAGGUCCUUGAUGAGCUCAAGGCAGAACACCCGGAGGCGCCCGAUUGCAAGAAAAUUAGGCCUCUGGUGCACGAGUACGGUUACUCGUUCGGUUCGGAUCAGCAAAAGAGGUUCUGGAUCCCGACACCCGCUCAGAUACUUGUGGGGCCCAUGCAGUUCGCCUGCAACAUAUGUAGCAAGACCUUCAAUAGGUUCAACAACAUGCAGAUGCACAUGUGGGGUCAUGGAUCGGAGUACAGGAAGGGCCCAGACUCCCUGAAAGGGGCGCAGCCUGCAGCGAUGUUGAGGCUCCCGUGCUACUGCUGCGCCCAGGGCUGCAAGAACAACAUCAACCACCCAAGGGCUAAGCCUCUCAAGGACUUCCGGACCCUCCAGACCCACUACAAGCGCAAGCACGGGGCCAAACCCUUCGCGUGCCGAAAGUGCGGGAAGUCAUUUGCGGUCAAGGGGGACUGGCGAACUCACGAGAAGAACUGCGGGAAGCUCUGGUACUGCACCUGUGGCUCGGACUUCAAGCACAAGCGGUCCCUCAAGGACCACAUCCGGUCCUUUGGGAAGGGCCACUCCCCUCACCCCUCACUUGAGGGUUUCGAGUCGUUCGACCAUGAUGAGAAGGAAUGCAUCACCGGCGGGUCCGAGGAGGACGAGUGAUCAAUUUACUCACAGUCACAACGCUUGAUCGACGGUACUGUUCUCAGGUUGCUAUAUACGUAAGUACAGCGAACGGUAAUUAAUACAUGAUAUCUAGGGAGAGUCUAGGGCUUGUCCAAGCUUGUGCUCGGCAACAAAAAAGUCUCUCAUGGUGUAGGGAUAGGUUUGUUGCGGAGCACUUGCUAGGUGAUGAGAGUAUGCAUGCAUGCUUCAUAUAAUAAGGUAAUUAUUAGUUUCUUUUUCUUCUUUUUUUUUAAUUUUGCAAUUGUUCUUCUUCUUUGAAGUGAUGAGGAGCUCGAUCGAGAAGAGUCAUCCUUUUAAUAAAUUGAAGAGACUGUAUUAAUUACCAUGAAGUGGUGAAGUUGAUGAAUUUUCUCUGCUUUCAUCUACGGAGGAAAUUUGUCCGCUUCAUUGCUAGCUGGUAAUCUUCACUAUAUUGAUCUUAUAUAUCAUGAUGGAGUGUGUUACAUUGUUGCUACA